CCUCCGCUUUUACUCUCACACCUACUACACACACAAAUUUCAGUCUGAAUGGUUUGGAUAACCGAACUCAUGCAUACUCGCGACUUGCAAUCAUGACCGCUAGACUAAAAUCCCCGACCUUGCCCAAGCCGAGUUUUGCUACAACAUAAAACUCUUUAACCUUUUAUUAGCAAAAUUGACAACGAUAACAAAACCAAACCACCCCCUUUGUAAGAUAAUAUACAAAAACUAAAGGGGCUUAAUAUGUAACUUGUCGAUGAUAACGAAGGAAGGAGGUGUAAGCGAGUGACUUCAGAGUCAGUGGUGCGACUGAAACCAGCCGACACCGUGUUUCCUUUCCGGAAUCACACCACCACCAUCAACCACCACUGAAACCCUAGCACGCGGUGGUCCGGCACCGGCGGCGGCGGAGAUCACGAUCGGAGGAGCUCCGGCUAAUAAUGUUAUACUGUGUGAUUCAAUCAGCCACAUCUUCCGAAUUCAAACGGUAUGGGUAAUUGCGGCACUCGCGAAGAAUCUGCCGUCGUUUCAGACGCUCAUCAAGCCAAUCAGCUACAAGUGAUAUCCGGUAAAAACCCGGGUUUAGAGAAGAAGCAUAGUCGGUCGAUUUCGGAUCUGAGUGAUGCUUCAACGCCUCGUAACAAUGUAAACGUUAUUGAGGAUUUGAGAAAUAACUCGCUGCUAUAUACUCAUGUUAUUGCCUUCACAUUAUUCGAGCUUGAAACCAUCACCAAGAGCUUUAGGUCUGAUUACAUACUUGGUGAAGGGGGUUUCGGGACGGUUUACAAGGGCUACAUUGAUGAGAAUGUUAGAGUUGGACUUAAAUCGCUGCCUGUUGCGGUUAAGGUUUUGAAUAAAGAGGGUCUUCAAGGCCACAGAGAAUGGCUUACAGAAGUUAAUUUUCUCGGUCAGCUUAGGCAUCCGAAUUUGGUGAAAUUGAUUGGAUAUUGCUGUGAAGAUGAUCACAGAUUGCUUGUUUAUGAAUUUAUGUUUCGUGGAAGCCUUGAAAAUCAUCUUUUUCGAAAAACAAGCACACCGUUAUCAUGGUCAACAAGAAUGAGGAUCGCUCUAGGUGCAGCAAAAGGCCUUGCCUUCCUUCACAAUGCCGAACGACCGGUGAUAUAUAGGGACUUCAAGACUUCUAACAUUUUGUUAGACUCAGAUUAUACGGCUAAGCUAUCUGAUUUUGGUCUUGCAAAAGCUGGCCCACAAGGGGACGAGACCCAUGUAUCAACGAGGGUUAUGGGUACUUAUGGUUAUGCUGCUCCUGAAUAUGUUAUGACUGGACAUCUUACCGCGAGGAGUGAUGUAUACAGCUUUGGAGUCGUUCUUCUAGAGUUAUUAACAGGAAAGAAGUCCGUAGACAAAACAAGACCAAGCAAAGAACAGAGCUUAGUGGACUGGGCCCGGCCCAAACUUAACGACAAACGGAAGUUACUCCAAAUCAUUGACCCAAGAUUAGAAAGCGAGUAUUCUGUCCGGGGAGCCCAAAAAGCUUGCAGCUUAGCAUACUACUGUUUAAGCCAGAAUCCAAAAGCAAGACCGUUAAUGAGCGAUGUGGUGGAGACCUUAGAGCCUUUACAAAGCGGCAGCAGUUGUUCAAAUGAAGUCUCGUUAGCCUCUUCGUUAAUUGGUGUGGGGCGACCGUUAGUCGUGGGCAAUCAUCGGGCUUAUCAGAUGCAUCACAAGUUUGUUCAAACUGUUGGGGCAGGUGCGGGGUGUAGAUCCGCAAACCCGAGCUGUUCUCCUGGACCAUCGACUGCUUGUCGGGUCAGAUGAGAAAAAGAUGUGAAAUAUUGUUAACGUGCAAGUAGUUUGUAAAUUUUGUUUUAAGUGUGUGUUUGUUUACUGAUUGGUACUUGAGAUGAUGCUUGUACAUGUUGAUGGUAAGAUGAUGUAGGUCAUGUUUUGUUUUAAAUGGCUUUCAAGUUAUUGUGUGAAAGGCUCACUUGUCUUUUAUCAUUUUA